AUGGAUAAUGAGAAUGCAAUCCUCUUGAAAGAGCUCCAUGGCGACCUUGUUCGAAAAUAUCGAAAGCAUGCAGCCGUGGUUGAGACCAUCUGGCAGUCUUUUAGCCCCAAUGAACGAGGGGAAUGUUUCAAGGCCGGAGCUGCGGAUGGUGCCGUAUUGCAGCACCCCUUAGAUCAAUCUCUGGGGUACUGUGGAGGCCUCAAUGGCUCGCCCGGAGAUCAUGCUAUGAUUGAGGAGUCAGUGCGCACACGGGGUCUCAAACACAUCAACUCCUUUAAAAACUGUUACACUAUGUUUCAAGGUGACAUGUAUGCCACGUCUUUCCAACUCAUGGCUAAAGAGGCCCUGGCUGUUUUUGAACCCGCCAUUCGCGCUCGCGUCUGUGUUCCCCAGUCAGUCGGAGAAUUUAUUAUCCAAAGGCAGAUCGCCACCUUGCAAACCCUCAAUAUUCUCAUCGACGAUAUUCUGGACCAAGGAUCGCAAAGUCGAGACCGAAAGGCCCCACCAAAGAAGAAGACCACUGACGAUGGAGCGGCGUCGGCUCUGUCAAAACUAAGUAUCCAGACCCCACGGAAGAAGCGUACACUUUCCGACCUGGUCGCCAGUGCUCGUGAUCACCAAGACACACUUGAAGAGUACCUAGUUUUGCUCUCCACUGAGCCUGUCGUCCUUGCUCACGCUAACUCGUUCCUGACGAAAAAGGGACGGCGAUUGCCAGUUCACACUGAUAAAUACAUCAGUGCUGCUGUUUUCGAGGCUAUCCACAGUUCAAUCCAGGGAGCUGCCAACUGGAGAUACAUCGCUAGUGUCCUCGAGCUGCUUGAGAAGUCGGCCGAGGAUAAGGCCUGUCGAGCUAUUCUUCUUCAGGAGAUAUCCAACAUAUGCCAUCUAGAAUUCAGUCGUGCGCAAACUCUUUUCAAGCGUCAUGUUCAGAGUGGGACGGGAUGCAAGUGGUUCAAGAGGACUUCCAACAUGUAUGACAGCACCGGAAACCCGCGCGUUUCCGUAAAAGGGAAUCCGGAAGACCUUACAGUAUCUGAUCCCCAGCUUCAUUACAUGUUGCGUCUCUGCCAGCCAAAGCUCACUGUUUCCACUGCCACGCCCUGGAUUAAAAAGCUCGCCGUGCUUUACCAGACCCAUCCUCAGGAGCGGGAAAGGCUAGAGGACAGAGAGGCCGACUCAUUGGGUGAUCUGGCUAUGAUUAUUGGAUUUGUUCAGGAAUUGUCUUCGAUGAUUCCGAUUCCUUCCUUUUCCAGCAACAAGGGGCAGAUGUUUGCCUCUAAAUCACAGGAGGUGGGAUCCGAGUUGAAUCACAUCAAGGAUCAACUUGACUUACUUGAUUUUGUCGUUCCCAUCGACAACCUCCUUGAGCCAGGAGUGGCCCAUGAAGCUUUGAAAAAGCUAGACCAAUUUACCAUCGAAAAGUCCGGCACGAAAAUGGGAUUCUUGUACCAAGACAUGAUUGCGGACUGCCUGUCUGGUGUUCAAAGCCAAUGCGAUCAGGCCAAAGUCAAAUUGGCGCAGGGAUUGAAGGCUGAAUGGCCUGCUGCUCCAGCAACGAGUCCCGAGCCCAUCACCGUCCGGAUCGAACACCGGAAACAAAAAGAAAAGACACGUCCUCCACAUUCGUCUAUAUACGAUAUUGUUACACCCACCGAGCCGUCUCGUCCGCAGGAGCCUGCUUCGCUACCGCGGACCUUCAAGAUAGACGAGUCGACAGCGGAGAUAUUCUCGAGGUUGUUUUCCAGAUCCCAAUCGCGUGGUCCAGUGGCCUGGGCGGCCUUCGCUGAAGCGAUGGCUAAAUUGGGAUUCUCAAUCUCCCCCAAAUACGGCUCGAAGUCAUUCACGGUACACCGGCCGCACCAGUCUAAAAUCGAGGGAUAUCGAGCUCUCACGGUGGCCCGGCGGUUGAGAACGUUGUAUGGAUGGGGCGAAGAGACCUUCCAGGUUAAAUAG